AUGGACCCCGUCCUCAUAACGCCGGAUGACGUAGCUGAGGCGGUCCGUAGGGCCCCGAACUGGAAAAGACCGGGAUUCCACGGGCUGCAUCACUACUGGCUGAAGGGGUUCGUGGUGCCAUCCCUUAGGAUGUAUCUCCCAAGUCACGCUGUGCUCACCCAACAGUUUCAAGAGGCUCUCGACCAAAAGUCGCUCCGGAGCCUAUUCACUACUGGGAUUAGUUAUUUGGUUCCUAAAGACCGGGAUUCCAGAGACCCGAGCAAAUACCGCCCCAUAACGUGUCUACCUACCAUAUACAAGACACUAACAUCCAUAAUGAGCGCGAGAAUCACUCGUCACCUGAACUCAAAUCAGGUGACGUCGCGGGCUCAGAAUGGAUGUCGGGGCGGUGGUCGCGGAACCAAGGAAACACUCCUCAUUGACGCGGUCAUUGGCAAGGUGGUUAAACGCAACCGUUGGAACCUCUCCGCCGCUUAUACAUGGCUUAAGAGGGUCCUCGAGCUAUAUAAGGUUAACUGUACAGUUCAAGACUUUCUCGGGCAGUGUAUGGGACAAUGGAGUACGAUCCUUUGUCAUCUAGGCGAGCAGAUGACGGCUGCGGAGAACUACAUAAGGAUAAGAAGGGAUAUGUUCCAGGGCGAUUGCUUGAGUCCGAUCUGGUUCUGCCUCUCUCUGAACCCUCUCAGUACCUUACUGGAGAGUUCCGGGAGGGGAUUUCAGCUUCGGAAAGGAGGUACAAAAAAGACCCACCUUUUCUACAUGGAUGAUCUCGAAUUAUUCGCCUCUAGUCGCAUUCAUCUUAUGCAAUUGCUAAACAUCACUUGUGAUUUUAGCAAUUCUAUUAGAAUGGAGCUGGGGACGGAUAAGUGUACGGUCCUCCAUGUCGAAAGGGGAAGGGUUGCUAAGUCUGAGGGCAUAGACUUGUCUAUGCCCAUCAACAUAAAGACCCUAUCCGAGGCUGAAACAUACCGAUACCUGGGUAUGUCACAGAACAUAGUUAUCGAUGAGGUGGACAUGAGGUAG